AAAUAUAAAAAUAUUUAACUCAUUUUUAUGUAUGUUUUAUGAGUAUAUAUCCCAACAACAUGAUCUGAAUCAGCCUUCUCUCGAAACCAACCCUAAUUGAAAGCGUUUUAGCCCUAUUUGAGCCUAUUGAAAUUUUUGACUUUAAGCAACCCAUAAAAAGUCAAGGUGUUUUUUGAGCAUUUAGCCCAGAGAAAAGAUAUUGGGCGCCAAGGCAACGCCAAGGAAGCUAGAGAUGGAAAUAUGGAGGCUACCAAUCUCAGCAUCGCAAAGGGGGAAGCUAAUCUCAGCUGGCUACACUUCCCUCUCUUCUCUUUCUUCCAUCUCUUCCUCUGACCUUGCUCGAGAAUUAAAUGUUUCCGAAAGUGAAGCUAUGAAUAUUCUGAAGGUUGCAUCACAUAGUAGGGGGUCGGAAACCUCGAAUGCAAGUUGUUCAAUCGUUGAGGGUGCACAAAGUGCCUGGGAUAUGCUCCAUGAUGAGGAAUCAUUGAUGCACAUAACUACGUCCUCUGCGGAUCUAGAUAACAUCUUGGGUGGUGGAAUACAUUGCAAAGAAGUUACUGAAAUCGGUGGAGUCCCAGGCAUUGGUAAAACACAGCUGGGGAUUCAAAUAGCAGUUAAUGUUCAAAUUCCAAAUGAUUUUGGUGGUCUGGGUGGGAAGGCUAUAUAUAUCGACACGGAAGGCAGUUUUAUGGUGGAGCGUGCUUUUCAAAUUGCUGAAGCUUGCAUAGAAGAUAUGUCAGAAUAUAACAGAUUCUUGAGGAAGGAUUUCCAAGAAUGCAAAAUCAAAAUGCAGCCUCAGGAUAUCCUGGAAAACAUAUUUUAUUUCCGCAUUUGUAGUUAUACGGAGCAAAUUGCCCUGAUAAAUUAUUUAGACAAGUUCCUUUCAGAACAUAAAGAUGUGAAGGUGAUUGUUGUGGAUAGUGUUACCUUCCAUUUCCGCCAAGAUUUUGAUGAUAUGGCCCUUAGGACCCGGGUCCUCAGUGGAAUGGCUUUAAAGUUAAUGAACCUGGCCAAAAGAUUCAGCUUGGCGGUUGUUUUAUUGAAUCAGGUGACCACUAAGCAUACAGAAGCCUCCUUUCAAUUAGCUCUUGCACUAGGUGAUAGCUGGUCGCAUACUUGCACAAAUCGGAUAGUUUUGUACUGGAACGGUAACGAACGGUAUGCAUAUAUUGACAAGUCACCUUCUCUUCGAUCAGCAUCAGCAGCGUAUUCUGUUACAGCUAGGGGGAUCAGGAAUUCCUCCUCAAGCUGUAAACGGAUCAAAAUGAUGUAAAAUGUAGAUGAAACUAGAGAAUGCUGCACCUGGUUUUUCCAUCGAUAACAAACCGAGGGCCUUGCCUUGACUUGAAAAUUGAGAAAUGAGAAAUCUGCUUUAUAGUGAAAUAUUACGAACUUUUAGCCAUAGAUAUAUGUAUUCUACUAACUUUGGUCUUGUUUUUGCUUGUGUUACUAAAUCUUAGCUGUUCAAUGAAA